AUUAUUCGAAAGCAUAUUAUAUAACUUUAAUUUAUAUAAACAAAUUUCAUGGAAAAUAAAAGAAAUUAUACAUGAACUUAUAGAAUAACCAAUACGAUUUCAACUUUCCCUUCAUUCCUAUGUAGAUUCUCUGAUAUUGGUCAGUUAUAGUUACUUACUAGACUCAAAUAAAUUGUUGGCCUGACUGAAAAUAGUUCCGAUUUAAGAGAAAUUCCCGCCACUUCUUAUUUUCAGUUUACGAAAUACAGAGUAGUAGCAACAAGUUUUAUUUGAAGUUUGUAAUUUAUAUUUUUGUUUUAUUGCCUUUACACUUUUGUACCUUAGCAAAAUGGAUUCUAGCAGUUCUCCAGCACGUUCUGAAAGACAUGCAGAAGCAAUGACAUCUCCUGCCCCAGAAAUAGAUGAACCAUUUGAAAAUGAAGCUGAUUUGCUUGGUACUGACAAUGAUCUUCGUGAAGAGGAAGAAGAAGGAGAAGAAUUGUUUGGAGAUAACAUGGAAGAUGAUUAUCGUCCAAUGCCAGCAUUAGAUAGAUAUGAUCCAGAUGUUGUGGAUGACGAGGAAUACUCAGAAUUAUCGCAGGGAGAGCGUGCUGCUGCUGAAUCUGCUAUGCGUAAAAGAGAUAGGGCAGCUGGCAUUAUUAGAGAUGACAGAUAUUUACUUUAUGAUGAGAGUGACGAAGAAGAAAUACAGGCACGUAAACGACGUAUGGCUGAAAAAGCAGCAACUGGCGAAAUCGAGGAUGUGGAAAUGAUUGAAUCUAUUGAAAAUUUAGAAGAUACCAAAGGUCAUUCAGUUAAAGAGUGGGUGUCUAUGUUGGGACCACGAACUGAAAUUUCUAAUCGUUUUAAAAGUUUUCUGCGUACCCAUACCAAUUCCAAGGGACAAUAUAUGUAUAAAGAACGAAUUCGUCACAUGUGUGAGAGCAAUCAAUCUAGUUUUGUUGUGGAGUUUCCUAUUCUUGCGAGCAAAGAACAUGUUUUAGCUUAUUUUUUGCCGGAAGCACCAUUUCAAAUGUUGGAAAUAUUUGAUGAGGUAGCAAAGGAAUUAGUAUUAACUAUUUUCCCCAGUUACGAAAGAGUUACAAGUGAAAUUCAUGUUAGAAUAUCAGAACUGCCGUUGAUAGAAGAAAUUCGUACAUUUAGGAAACUCCAUUUGAAUCAAUUAGUACGUACUUUAGGAGUUGUUACUGCAACUACAGGGGUAUUACCACAAUUAUCUGUUGUGAAGUAUGAUUGUACAAAGUGUGGAUACAUACUUGGCCCUUUUGUACAAAAUCAAAAUAGCGAAGUUAAGCCAGGAUCGUGUCCUGAAUGUCAAAGUGUUGGACCUUUUAUGAUUAAUAUGGAACAAACAAUAUAUAGAAAUUAUCAAAAAAUUACAAUCCAAGAAUCACCAGGUAAAAUUCCUGCAGGAAGAAUACCUCGAAGCAAAGACUGUAUUCUUUUAUCAGAUUUGUGUGACCGUUGUAAACCAGGAGAUGAAGUUGAUGUUACAGCCAUUUAUACAAAUAGUUACGAUGGUUCAUUAAAUACAGAACAGGGUUUUCCAGUAUUUGCAACAGUCCUGCUAGCUAAUCAUCUACAAGUGAAAGAUUCGAAAGAAAUCGUGGAGUCUUUAACCGAGGAGGACAUUUCGAGUAUUAUUGCUUUAAGUAAAGAUCAUCGAAUUGCCGAUCGCAUUGUUGCAAGUAUUGCGCCUUCAAUUUAUGGGCAUGAAUACACAAAAAGAGCUUUAGCCUUGGCAAUAUUUGGUGGAGAAUCAAAAAAUCCAGGAGAUAAACAUAAAGUAAGAGGCGAUAUCAACGUGUUACUAUGCGGAGAUCCAGGAACCGCUAAAUCACAAUUUUUAAAAUAUGUUGAAAAAAUUGCACCAAGAGCAGUGUUUACCACAGGCCAAGGAGCUUCAGCUGUCGGGCUAACUGCGUUUGUGAGGAAAUCACCCGCAACCCGAGAAUGGACUUUGGAAGCUGGUGCAUUGGUACUUGCAGACCAUGGAGUUUGUCUAAUUGAUGAGUUUGAUAAGAUGAAUGAUCAAGAUAGAACAUCUAUUCACGAAGCUAUGGAACAACAAAGUAUAUCUAUUUCAAAAGUAGGAAUUGUUACGUCGCUUCAUGCUAGAUGCUCGGUUAUAGCUGCGUCUAAUCCUAUUGGAGGAAGAUAUGAUGCUAGUAUGACGUUCUCAGAAAAUGUAGAUUUAUCAGAACCUAUUUUGUCUCGGUUUGAUAUCUUGUGCGUUGUAAAAGAUGAAAUAGAUCCUAUGCAAGAUCGACAUUUAGCUAAAUUUGUGGUAAACUCCCACAUUAAACAUCAUCCAACAAAUGCAGGAAAAGUAAUACCUACAGAAGAAAAUGCAAAUGAUAUUUCUAUUCCGCAAGAUCUUUUGAAAAAAUAUAUAGUUUACGCGAGACAAAAUGUUCAUCCUAAAUUGACGAAUAUUGAUCAAGAUAAAGUAGCUAAAUUGUAUAGCCAGUUAAGGCAAGAAAGUUUGGCUACUGGAAGUUUGCCAAUAACUGUACGACACAUAGAAAGUAUUAUACGUAUGGCAGAAGCGAGUGCUAAAAUGCAUCUAAGAGAUCAUGUUCAAGAAAGUGACGUGAAUCUUGCCAUUAGAAUGAUGCUCGAUAGUUUUGUUGAAACUCAAAAGUAUUCAGUAAUGAGAAGCAUGCGACAGACAUUCCAAAAGUAUUUAUCGUAUCAGAAAGAUCACAGCGAACUCUUAUAUUACAUACUCAGACAGAUUACAUUAGAUACUUUAGCAUUUCAAAAAGCUUUACAUGGAGGUCGUAUUACAACAGUUGAAAUUUCAGAAAAAGAUCUAUUGGACCGAGCUAAACAAAUUGAUAUAUACAAUCUUCAUCCAUUUUAUGAAAGUGAUAUUUUCAAAACAAAUAAUUUUGUUUAUGAUUCAAGGAGAAAAGUAAUAAUACAAACAUUUCCGGAAAAUAUUGACGACUAAUAUAACAACAUAUCAUCAUAGAUAAAUAGACAAAUGGUUAUAAUUUUAUUUACAUCAUGAUAUGCAAACGUAAUUUUUACAUCAGAUUAUGCGUUGACGUAAUAGUGUAAUAAAAAAUGUAAUAUUUAUAUUUGAUAUUAACAGUUUUAUAAAUAAAUACUUGUGUUACGAAA